AUGGCGUACCUUCAUCUUGUGCGCCUCUGGCUAAAAAGGACUCUACCGAACCGAAAAACAUAUGUGAACUUUUGGUUUGGAACAUGUUCCAUGUGGGACAACUUUGCAGGGCGCUCCAUCGGCAAGCUGGCUGAUUUGGAUGUGUUCUUCCGAGAAAAAAUUCCUGGGGAACAACUUACAACAAUCUUUGCCUUGAUCUUUGCGGCGCACCGACAUAAGUAUUCGCAUGACGUACAGUUGGUAAAGGGCUGCGAACAAUACGAAACACCACUAGCAUCUAUAUCCAUUGGCAGCCCCAAAUGGGUUGACGUAACGUUGGAGACAGGGGAGGGUACCGUUGGCGGCUGGGCUCAGGCAUGGGUGACAACGCGUACUACUUUCUUUGAUAUUCAGAAGCUGCGGCGACUCCAACGUGCACGCAUGGAUUAA